GGUCCCGGAAAAAGAGCGCUGAUGACAGGGCCCGGGUACCGCUGGAACCACCGACCCUCGGGCCGGCAAGGGGAGAGGGAACCUCGCGCUUCCAGGCACUCUACGCCAGGGCCAGGCUGGACAGCAAGGCAGGGAUGUGGGGCCUGGGCCCUCGGAUCGGGGGCGGCAGGCAGUGGGGCUAAAGGCCACGACCUGCCCUCACAAGUUAGCCAUUGGAACCCGGCACCGCCAGGGGACUUCGUGCAGUUGCCCGUGCCCAUUAUCCAGCAGCUCUACCACUGGGACUGUGGCCUGGCCUGCUCCAGGAUGGUGCUGCGGUACCUAGGUCAGGUGGACGACAGCGAGUUUGAAAGCGCCCUGCAGGCGCUGCAGCUGACCAGGAGCAUCUGGACCAUCGACCUGGCUUACCUCAUGCGCCACUUUGGCGUGAGGCACCGCUUCUGCACCCAGACCCUGGGCGUUGACAAGGGCUACAAGAACCAGUCCUUCUACAGGAAGCACUUUGACACAGAGGAGACCCGGGUGAACCAGCUGUUCGCACAGGCCAAGGCCUGCAAGGUGCUGGUGGAGAAAUGCACGGUGAGCAUGCAGGACAUCCAGGCACACCUGGCUCAAGGUCAUGUGGCCAUCGUGCUGGUGAACUCAGGUGUGCUACACUGUGACCUCUGCUCAAGCCCCGUCAAGUACUGCUGCUUCGCCCCCCGUGGGCAUCGCUGCUUCUGCCGCACCCCUGACUACCAGGGACACUUCAUCGUGCUGCGCGGCUACAGCCGGGCCGCCGGCUGCAUCUUCUACAACAACCCUGCCUAUGCUGACCGUAUGUGCAGCACCAGUGUCAGCAACUUUGAGGAGGCCAGAACCAGCUAUGGCACAGAUGAGGACAUCCUCUUUGUCUACCUGGACAGCUGACAGCGGGGCCUGGUGCACAGGGCCCACUCAGGAGCCCUGGUCCAGCUUGCUGGGCUGGGAGCUGAGCUGCAGCCCUGCUCUGGGAGGCAGCAUAAGGUUGCUGCCUGCCAGUGCUGGUUGCCAAGAGGAGCCCCCCAGAAUCCCAAGCCUGAGUCAGACGUGCCCAGCGGGAGUUCAGACCCCAGGAGCCCUUGUUGUCUGUGAGCACAGCCCCAGGGCGAGGGAGAGGCCUGCGAAGUCUUCCCCAUGGACCUCGGUACGUGAGCCCUGAGAAGAGAAGGCGCUAACCUGAGAAGCUGCUUGUCAGGGCAGCACCUGGUGUGGGAGAUGUCACAGCCCACCUCAGGCCCCUCCAAGAACUGUUCUUGCCCCUUGCUGUCUGGGAAGGGCUGCAGACUUCCCCCUGCACCCCUUGAGGCACACUGCCACCACCUCAUGCCCCCACAGCAGGCCCAGGUCUCUUCUGUUCAUGAGGCCUCUGACCCUGCCCCCGGGUGUAGGCACACCUCACACCACUGUCCCACAGAGCCCCAGCCUUUGGCGAGAGCCCAGACCUCCACGGUACGCCAGCUCUGGGCCUUUGGGCUUUGGUGGGCCCCAUCCCACUAGGAGGCCUGAUGACUGGCAGCACAGACUGUGGCCCAGGAAUGUUUGGUCCCGAGGUCCAAGAACAACUGCUUGGGUCCCAAAGAGCCCCUGCACCCAUGAGGCAUCCUGGCACUCGCCAAGGCCUGGACAGCCAGGCCUAUCCUCAGAGUGCCAGUGCCCUGAGUCUCCAGGCUCUCACCAGCCUGUGCCCCCCUGCCCUGCUUUUCACCCCUGGACCCUUGACAGAGAAGAGUGGCACCUGCCCAGGAUCACACAACCCAGCAAGUUGUGUAGGCUGCAGCUGUCUCCUCUCUCGUGUGUGUAUGUUUUCUCUUUUAUUGGGUGAGGGUCACUUUCACAUCAGACAGUAAUAGUGAGAUCACAGGUACUUCAGAACCACUAGCACCUGUCUUCAUGAGGCAGGUCAGCCAGCCUGGGUUUGCUCGCAGAGAAGGGGCCAGUGCCGGCAGGCUGAGCGCUGCCCCUCUCCUCACAGACAAACCUGGUUGUCGGAUAGAGUCCACCCAGGACGGUGUGGAGCCUUGAGUCCAGAAUCAUUCUCACAGGGGCCACUGUGUACACCUGGGUCCUGGUUUGCAGUGUCCAAGGCAUAAGGUGGUGGCACUGCCACCCCUCCCCACUGCCUGUUGGCCCCGCCCACCCAGUGUUCUGCAUCCCAGAGCUGUCACCCCAUAUCGCUUCUCCACACCAGAAGCAGCUUUUGGCCAGUGGUCGGGGUGGGGGUGGGGUGGCGGCUGGCAUGCAGAGUCACUUUGCUGGCUGGGCAGCCACCCCGAUUUCAGGGACUUAUUGGCUCUAGAUGGGUCUCUUCUCCAUUGCCUUAAUGCUAAUGGCCCACAGCCCUGAGCACUUGGGCCCCGGAGUCCCACACACAGAAGCUGCACAGCUGAGUGGUUGGGUCACUGUGUCAGGAGGAUGAUAAGAGGAAGGAAGCUUCUGGGACGCUGAGUGUGAGCAAGGGCCGUGCAUAGGCCAGGCUGCCAGGAGCCACUUGGACCACGGAUGGUCCACAGGACACUUAGAGAGUGUUCCCAGGCUUGGAAGAUGACUCAGGGCAAGCCCUAAGCUGGAGGUGGCCCACCUCUGAGCUGUCUGAUCUGCCUGGGGUGGGCUUGGAGGCAGGAUGCAAACCCCACUGCGGUGCCUUCUUGCACAAAAUAUGACAGUGGGCCAGAGAAGGAGGCCGGACAUCAGGGACUUGUGCCCACACCAUGCGUCAUGCCCACCUGCACACGCUGAGGUCCAGCUCCAGCUGCAGGGAGCAAAAGGGAUAUUUUGCAUUACAGAGAUUUUAUACAUAAAUAUAUUUUGUUUGUUAACGAGCCAUUGUCAAUAAACAUUCUCACUGCAGAGUGGCUGAAGCCCUUGCCCUCCUGUGGAGGUGCACCAGUUUGUAGAAUGCCUGUUUCCAUCUGGAGUCCUUGUCACUCCUUGAGGCAGGUCACCUCAGCCUUGUGAGCGCAUGGGGACCCGGGUCCUGACUGGCUGUCCCCAGUGCUGGCUGGGGCUAGAACCCGGUUUCCCCUUUCCAGGCCUGUGUCAGUGGUGGAGGGAGACCUUGCUGGACAUCUUGAUUGUGGUUCCUGAGGAGGCACAGCCCUGGGCAAAGGGGGUGAGGAUAGCCAGCCCACGGGGCGGGUAGGGGGAACUGAGCCCUCUCUGCACUCCCUGCCCCCAACCAGCAUCUCCCCCUUCUAGAUAGGAGGCUCCUAUCUAGUAUUUCAUCUGGUAAGAAUUCUACCUCUGUAAAAGGGCAUGUUUGGGAGUGCUGGCUGAUCUGACAGCCUCUGCCGACCCCAGGGCUGGCAGGGAGCUGGUGGAGCCAUGGCUGAUUUCUUGUGUAGGGUCCCUGUUUUCACCCUGUGCUUGCCCCUCUGUCCUUGCCCACAUCAUGGAGAUGGACCGGUGAGAGCCAGAACUCAAUGAGAAUGCCUUGUUUUUCCGGGUCUUGCAAGUUUUCUGCCUGUGACGGUGCAGUCUUACUACUAUUCUAUUACUGCUUUUAGUGGAAAAGAUUUGAGUCUGCCUUCUCUGACAGGUUUCUGCCUUACACAGGUUCUGGCUUUCGCAGGUUUUACUGUAUUAGUUCUGGCUGAGGUCUUGGAUGCUACUCCAAACUGAAGAGCAGCCUUGUAGACACUUGCAGUUGGGUAUUGACCCUGCUGGAGAGGCCACAUGAGCCCCCAGCUACAGUAGAAUGCCAGGCAGCAGAAUAGGCGUCCUGCGUGUGGCCAGCAGCCCAUGAACAUGCCUUUCUGACUUCAGCUUGAGCCUCGGGAGCAAGGGCCCCAUGCUGAAUGGGCACAGCCUGGUUUGGGGCCUCUGAACCUGAUGGUGGAAGAAAAGAGACAGCAUGAGGGAGGUGUUGAGGCAGGAGGAACAAGAGUGGGUGGGUGGCUGGUGAGCCCUAGGUGGAGUGGGCUGUCUAGAGCAUGCAGGAUGGAGUGGGGAGACAGGAGAGAACUCUGGAGAGGGGCCCCACUGGGAGCCGAGGGGCAGGCCAGAGCAGAGAUCUAAGCCCAGAUAACAUGCCAGGACCAGCUGCCCCUGGGGUGGGAACACACGGCACCCCACCUUGCUAGUGCUUUGUAGUAGGGGAUAGCACCCCCAUUCCUAGCCACCUCAUGGGCCCGCCUCUGUCUGCACAACACCUCCUGAGGCCACCUUCCACUUACACCUGUAGAUCCCCAAAGUCCCCCAAUGCCUGAGGGAGCCACACUGGGCCAUGUCUCAGGCAGAGGAGUAGAUUCCACAUGGCAUCAGUGCUUGUACCCGUAGAGCCAGACACACAUGGACUGUGGACCACUGCGCGAUUUUUUAGUUACCUACUGAUGCAUACCAGAUCACUGAAACAGCAUAUCUGUCAUCUCAUGGUGUCUGUGGAUCAGGAGUCUGGGUGCGGCUUAGCUGGAGCCAUCAGCCGGGGCUGUGGCCACUUCAAAGCCUGACUGGGGCUGGAGGAUCUGCCCCAAGCUCGCUCUUGGGGCUGUUGGCCACAGGCUACCUGGGUGUCUUCACUGUGUGACAGCUAGUGGCCCAUGAGAAUGCCAGCAAAUGCCCGGUACAGAAGCCACCUCGUCAGAGUGAUAGCCUCUCACUUUUGCGGCAUCUGUUGUUGACAGCAAA